AUGGAAGAUCGCCGCCAGCUGAAGCGACCUCGUCAAGAAGACCUCCUCACCUUCGAAGAAGUCGCUCGGGAGAUCUUCGGUUCAGAAGUGGGCGUGCACUACUACCUCGGACGACCCCUGCCGUUCCCAUCGGCACCCAGACGACGAGCAACUUCUCCUCUUCCCACCGCUUCGCCUCGUCCCUCCACCCCAUUUGGCUUCAUGGCGCAGCGCCCUUCGUCAUCUUUGUCCUUCAACGUCAACUCGAAGCGACAGAAGCGCUGGUCGACGAUCUCGAGCCUGUCCAGCUUCUCGUCCUUCUCCCUGCCGCGGCCAACCUCGCCUUCCCUGUCGUCCACUCUCUUCAGCCGCCCCUCGUCACCUGCCCUCUCUCGACCACGCCUCUCCAAAUGCUACUCCGUCGACUCCCUCUCGCCCGUUUCCCUCCCGCUUGCACCGCCAGCACGCCUCGAGGAACGCGAGGUGUACGGUGAGCUGGUCGACGUCGACGAGAUGUACCGGCGGAAGCAGGAAGCGCGGCGACGGAAGCGCGAGUUGAUGCGCGCAUGCGGGAACUACGUGAUUGGCGAGGAGGAGCAGCGGCCGGAGAUGGUCCAGGUGCACACUUUCGGUACGGCGUACUGA